AUGGCUACCACUUCACCUCCACAGAAAUUGGCACCCAGAAAUAUCGUGAAAGACAACGAUCUGUCUACAUGGGAUCUAGCAUGGCGCCAGAAUGUAACUCCCUGGGAUGCAGGCGACGUGCAACCCUCUUUGAAGGAAGCAGUGGAAUCGAGCGAAAUUGAGUUCCCCAGAGAAGGACGCGCUCUUGUCCCUGGAUGUGGCUCUGGUUACGAUGUGUUUUAUUUUGCGUCCGCGCUUGGAUACGAAUCGCUUGGACUCGAUGGGUCGCAAACAGCGGUUGACGUCGCCAACAAACUUCGUGAACACCAACCGGCCUCCCUCUCCACCAAAACCGAGUUCAGGAUCGAGGAUUUCUUCCAAUUUAAAGUGUCAGACGAGGAGCGGUUCGACAUUAUCUUGGACCACACGUUUUUCGUCGCUAUUCCCCCAUCCCUUCGCGUAAGCUGGGGAAGGCAAAUGGCUGCGCUCGUGAAGCCAGGAGGCUACCUCAUCACGCUGGUUUAUCCCAUUGAUGAAUUUAUUGAGUCGGGGCCGCCUUAUUUUGUGCGCCCGGAACAUUACUUGGAACCGCUUGGGAAUGAUUUUGUGAAAGUACUGGAUAAGAUACCGGAGGAGUCUUCCCCAAGUCAUGUUGGGAGGGAAAGGCUUGUUGUGUGGAGGAGGGUGUAG